UUAUUCAAAUAAAUACACAUUCAACAACAAAGUGUGAAGGCACACAACUAGCUUGCCAGAGUGAGAGAAGCCUCACUCAGACAGGGCAUCGGAAGCCCCUCUAGAGCCUCCUAGAUAUUGGAGAGAGCCAUGAGUGAUGGGCAUGCCUCCAGCCUGUGAGACCGGGGGAGCACACCCCAGGCAGGGGGCACUUCGGGAAAAUAGCACGGGGUGCUGGGGCUGCCAGGGACCUCAGUACACAUGGAAGAAGGCAAGGUCCAGAGAUCGGAGUGACUUGCCCAGGGACACACGGCAAAUCGGUGGAAUCGUCGAGGGGUGGAGGAUCAGCCACAGCCCCCCUGCCUCCCAUUCCACCUCUUGGAAACCAGAUACCCACUUCGUGGCCAAGAUCCACCAGCUCCGAGAGGCAGAGGCCAGAGUGCUCGAGCCCUGUGCAGGGGAGCUUGCGGGAGGAUCGACCGACAGACGGACGCACGCCGAGGCACUGCGCCCCCAGCCCCGCGCCGGUGCCACCGCAGCCCGACCCCGGCCGCCGGUCCAGCCGCCCCUCGCCCGGUGCCUAGGUGCCCGGCCCCACACCGCCAGCUGCUCAGCGCCCGGGUCCGCCAUGCGCUCCGCCGCUGUCCUGGCGCUUCUGCUCUGCGCCGGGCAAGUCACUGCGCUCCCUGUGAACAGCCCUAUGAAUAAAGGGGACACCGAGGUGAUGAAAUGCAUCGUUGAGGUCAUCUCCGACACACUUUCCAAGCCCAGCCCCAUGCCUGUCAGCCAGGAAUGUUUUGAGACACUCCGAGGAGAUGAACGGAUCCUUUCCAUUCUGAGACAUCAGAAUUUACUGAAGGAGCUCCAAGACCUCGCUCUCCAAGGUGCCAAGGAGAGGGCACAUCAGCAGAAGAAACACAGCGGUUUUGAAGAUGAACUCUCGGAGGUUCUUGAGAACCAGAGCAGCCAGGCCGAGCUGAAAGAGGCGAUGGAAGAACCAUCCUUCAAGGAUGCUAUGGAGAAAAGAGAGGAUUCCAAGGAGGCAGAGAAAAGUGGUGAAGCCACAGACGGAGCCAGGCCCCAGGCCCUCCCGGAGCCCAGGCAGGAGUCCAAGACUGAGGGGAACAAUCAGGCCCCCGGGGAGGAAGAGGAGGAGGAGGAGGAGGAGGAUGAGGCCACCAACACCCACCCUCCAGCCAGCCUCCCCAGCCAGAAAUACCCAGGCCCACAGGCCAAGGGGGACAGUGAGGGCCUCUCUCAGGGUCUGGUGGACAGAGAGAAGGGCCUGAGUGCAGAGCCAGGGUGGCAGGCAAAGAGAGAAGAGGAAGAGGAGGAGGAGGAGGAGGCGGAGGCUGGAGAGGAGGCUGUCCCCGAGGAAGAAGGCCCCACUGUAGCGCCGAACCCCCACCCGAGCCUUGGCUACAAGGAGAUCCGGAAAGGCAAGAGUCGGUCGGAGGCUCUGGCUGUGGAUGGAGCUGGGAAGCCUGGGGCUGAGGAGGCUCAGGCCCCCGAAGGGAAGGGAGAGCGGCAGCACUCCCGGCAGAAAGAGGAGGAGGAGGAGGUGGCGGUGGCCCCACAAGGCCUCUUCCAGGGUGGGAAGAGCAGGGAGCUGGAGCAGGAGGAGGAGCGGCUCUCCAAGGAGUGGGAGGACUCCAAACGCUGGAGCAAGAUGGACCAGCUGGCCAAGGAGCUGACGGCUGAGAAGCGGCUGGAGGGGCAGGAGGAGGAGGAGGAGAACCCGGACAGUUCCAUGAAGCUCUCCUUCCGGGCCCGGGCCUACGGCUUCAGGGGCCCUGGGCCACAGCUGCGACGAGGCUGGAGGCCAUCCUCCCGGGAGGACAGCCUUGAGGCGGGCCUGCCCCUCCAGGUCCGAGGCUACCCCGAGGAGAAGAAAGAGGAGGAGGGCAGCGCAAACCGCAGACCAGAGGACCAGGAGCUGGAGAGCCUGUCGGCCAUCGAGGCGGAGCUGGAGAAAGUGGCCCACCAGCUGCAGGCGCUGCGGCGGGGCUGAGACACCGUCUGGCAGGGCUGGCCCCAGGGCACCCUGUGGUCCUGGCUCUGCUGUCCCCUGGGUAGGUCCUGGCCAGACAGCCCGGAUGCUGCUUCCAGUAGAGAGGCAGUCUCCAGCCUGCCCAAGCCCAGGCCACCCUGUCGCCCCCCGUGCACCUUGUCUCUUACUCCUGACUCCUACCUGCCCUGGAACGCCCUCUGCAGGGCAGCCCCACAACUUUAAACAUUGACGAUUCCUUCUCUGAACACAGGCAGCUUUCUAGAAGUUUCCCUUCCUCCAUCCUAUCCACUGGGCACAACUGCAAUAACUUCUGACCUUUUGGUGAAAGCUGAGAACUCCUGACUGUAACAUAUUCUGUAUGAGAUUUAUCUAAAGAAAAAUAAAUCUGUUCUGGGCUCU